UUUCCCACUAUCGCUACUCGUUUCCUAAUCGUCCUUGAUACCCGGUCUUUUGCGGGAAAACAAGAUCAAGUUUGGCUCCAAGCUACCAGCACCCUAGUUAGUCCCGUCGCACCACACCCCGUGUACCACAGCCAUGGUCACCCCAAUGGAUAGUGACCGGCCCGAGCCCAUUUUCGAAAUGCACAGCAACACUCACCUUCCCCCACCACCUCACACUCGCUCCUCUGACGAUGAUGGCACUUUUAUCGGAGAAGAAUUGAGCCAGCAGAAUUCCCUCCCUGCGCCUGCCCCAGGUAGACCUCGCGCAGGGAGCCAUUUGACCGUCGACACUAUCCACGACAGGCCAAGAUCAAUGACUUCGGUUUCCCAGACUCGCGAGCAGGCCAGCCGCCUCCAUGAUGAUCUGGCCAUGCUCCAGGUCGAGCGCGAGAUCUCUCAAAUCGAGGACAUGGACAGGUUGUCCACCACUCGAUCCAUGCGAAGGCAGCGAUCCCGGAGAACCGAGCCAGUCGAUGAUUUCGAUGAAGCCACCAACCCCUUGCACGAGAAGACUGCCAUGUACAAACCCCCGGAGAACCCAAACACAAAGUUCUCGCAGUUCUUCAAAAAGGUCCACAACUCGAGCUUCCUUAUCCGAUACCUCACAUACAUCGUCCCACUCGUCCUAGUUAUCCUCAUUCCACUGCUGCUGGGCGUUUUUGUCUUUCCAACUGCCCAUGUCGGUCACGUCAGUUUGCUCUGGUUUUGUGUAUGGCUUGAGAUAGUCUGGCUGACCCUGUGGGCUGGCCGCUUGCUAGCCAAGUGCUUGCCCUGGCCGAUUGGUCUCGUAUCCAGCUUGUUCACCAACAACAGCAAGAAAUGGCGGGAUAUGGGCAAGCAGCUCGAACUUCCUGCCACCCUCUUCUUCUGGUGGUUGGCCAUCGAAAUUUCCUUUUUGCCUACCAUGACGAAUCACAGCGUCGAUGGCAAAAAAGACGUCAAGGACUGGCAGCGCACGACCAACAAGGUCCUCGUGUCAAUCUUCGUGGGAAUGACUCUGAACUUCAUCGAGAAGAUUAUUGUUCAACUCAUCGCCAUCAGCUUUCACCUUCGGACGUAUGCGGAUCGAAUCGAUCUCAACAAAUUUCAGAUCGGUAGCUUGGUCAAACUGUACAAGUAUUCCAAGGAGCAGAUUACCGAGGACGAUUCAGACUUCGAAUCCAAAGCACGACCAGCUUCGGGAGUCCGCACGCCCGGUCAGGUUAUCAAAGAAGCACAGAAGAACACCAAGGAGGCUUUCAAUAAGUUUGGUGAUAUCGCUGGAAAGGUGGCUGGAGACUUCACUGGCCGCCAGGUCACUGGUAGCAGGCACCCUCAUCAAGUGGUCCUGGCAUUAUUGAGCAGUACAAACGGCAGUCAAGUGCUGGCCCGUCGCUUGUAUAGAACCUUCAAUCGCCCGGAAACCGAGACCGUCCACUCUGACGACUUGAAAAAUGCUUUUGAGUCGGAUGACGAGGCCGACGCCGCGUUCUCCAUGUUCGACAAAGAUAUGAAUGGGGACAUCAGUAUGGAAGAGUUGGAGGCCGUAUGCAUCGAAAUUGGCCGAGAACGCAAGUCCAUCACCGCAUCACUCAAGGAUCUGGAUUCCGUCGUCAGCAAACUCGACGACGUCUUCAUGUUCAUCGUUCUUGUCAUCACCAUUCUCGUUUUCGUUUCCUUGAUCUCCACAUCCGCUGCCGGUGUCUUGACUUCAGCAGGCUCAACCGUUCUGGCCCUGUCUUGGCUUUUCUCUGCUACCGCGCAGGAAUUCUUGCAAUCCCUCAUCUUCGUCUUCGUCAAGCACCCGUUCGACGUCGGUGAUCGUGUCUCCAUCUACGGAAAUACGGGUGCCACUGGUCUUGGCGACGACUACUUUGUAAAGGAAAUUGCUCUGCUUUACACCGAAUUCAAGAAGAUGGAAGGUCACGUAGUGCAAGCCCCAAACAGCUAUCUUAACACGCUCUUUAUUCUGAACCAGCGACGCUCUGGUGCGCUGGCCGAAGCCGUUCCAGUUGUCAUCAAAUUCGGAACAACUCUUGACCAGAUUGAUCAACUUCGUCAGCGCCUGCUCGAGUUUGUCAGGGCAGAGAAGAGAGAAUACCAGUCCAACAUUCUUACCGAGUUGAGGGAGGUCAAAGAAGUGCAUUCGCUCACAUUGAACGUCGUCUUUUUCUACAAGUCCAACUGGCAAAACGAACUGCUCCGUCUCCAGCGCCGUAACAAGUUCAUCUCGGCCCUCAUGAUCAGUAUGCAAGAAUGCGGCAUCGAAGGCCCGCGCAUGCGCUUCCCUGGUCAAAAGGAAUCGUUCCCGCUUUACAUGCAAAACCUGCCUCAUCAACCAACACCUGGCGUGGGUCACAACGGCACACCUGAUCAGCCUAGCGGCAUCAUUCACGAUCAACAUCAGGACGAACCCAUGAUUCCGCCUCACACAGAUGAUACCACCGACUCCAAUGCGCCUCCCAACCGCAACCCUUCCAUCCUCCGCACUGGCGGUGGACGAGGUCGCGCUGAAUCAAUGGCUGCCAUGGGACGCCGCGUCGACUUCUCGUUGGGAAUGAAAGACAUUGGUUUGGGCGAUAUGCCUGGCGAUGUCUUUGACGACAGAGAUUUUCACAUUCGGAACAAAGCCACGGUUGUCAGAUUAACAUCUCCCUCUCGAUCCGUUGAGAGAGCUGGGAAUUCACUGGAUGUCGGACGCUCAAGCUCCAUCGCCGAUCGAUCCUUCAAGGGUAUCCAGCGUGUCAAUACCGACAGCUCCGGUGCCCGCGACCGUAGUAGCCAUCGAAACCGUUUCUUCGGCCGUAGCCGCCGCAAUGACGAGGAAGUGGGCAUGGCGGAUAUUCCCGAGGCCGCUUACGAUUCUUCACAGACUGUCAAUCAGAAAUCCAAGAUCGAUCCUCGCUCUGGACUCGUUAGCCCGACGGCCAUGAGGAUGAGCGAGGAAGGUUCGCGCCCGCCACCCCGCGGAUCCAUGGAUCUACCCCCCAGGGCUCCCCACCGCGCGGUCACCGAGAAUUUCGAGAUGCGACACCUGUAA